UGAUGUCUCGAUGUCAUUCAUGCUUCAUAAGUCUCUACAUUUUGCUUUUAACAUCGUCCAUUUAUCAUAGACUCCGUUUUUUAUCUGUCAGUGUGCCGGUGGUUUACUAACAAACAGAAAAGCAUAGAAAACAUUGGCGUUAUCUCUCCUUUACUGCUAGUUUGAUGCUAUGUUGUGACUGCUAAAGUUAACAUAGUUGCAAACAUGACUGAUGAGAAAUUCACGGAUAUUAAUGGUAAGGCUAUAUCACUGAGUUGCCAGAAUCAUUCUCCGCUAUGUAGAGAAUUCACCGUAAGUUCAGCAAAGGUGUCCUUGCGGAAGAUUAUGGUGUAUACUAGUGUGGUCUGGUUGUGUGCCUACACCUUGUUUUAUUUCACAGAGAAUACAGCCGUCCUGUCUAGUGGCAUAAUCAUCACGUUGGUUGGAAUGAUGGUCCACAUUCAUUUCAUUAAGGUGGACCACGAAACACUUCUCAUCAUUGGCUCACUGGGUGUGCAGAUGUCCUCUUCUUAUGCCUCUGGCAGGGAAAGCACAACAUUUAUCGAAAUCAACAAGAUCAAGGACAUUGUAAUCAAUGAGGCCAUUUAUAUGCACAGUAUCAUAUAUUACCUCAGCAUUUUGAUUAAGGACCCCAACGAGCCUGAGUCAGUUGGCAGUGUUGUUCCUCUUUUCCAGAGUUCAAAGCCCAGGCUGAAUUGUUUGGUUAAAGUGUACAAGAGCUGCCAGGAGAUUCUUGCACAGAGUUGAUGGACACUGAGUUCCAGAUUCUUCAGAUGGACAUAGCUUGACAGUGUCUUGAGGGAAUGGAGGAGAGGAAAGUUUUCAAGAUGACAUCAUAAGAAACCUUGUGAUGAGAGUGUGACUACACAGCUUUACAAACACGCCAAUGACAUCUUCCUUCCCCUGAAACUACAUUGUAAAUGUCAAAUCCCCUGCCCUGAGGUACCUAAAGAAAGGAUAUUAUGAACCUGUCCUGUGUCCGAGAAGUAAAACUUAGCUGCCUGACAUUACACUGUAUACCAAGAAGGAUUAUUUUCCUCAUACAGAGUUAUUUACUGUAUACUGUAAUCUUUCCAGUAUUAUGGAUUUUGGAAUAAAAACAGUGCUGUCACUGAAUGCUGAUUACUUAUAGUCUACACGAGUCUGUAAAGAAUUAAGGAAAUAAAGUUUUCAAGAAGGAUGACCUU